UGGCAUCUUCCAAAGGCGACACGUUUCGACCCGGGUCUAUUCCGCAGGGACCAUACGCCAGCUUCGUUGCCAGAGUUGCUGCCACACUGAUCGCGACCCAACUGCUACCAGCCCUUUACUGCGUUGCUAGGUUCUUUAGGGAGAAGAGAGCUGAGAUGGCCAAUAGUCCGAUGGAGCCGCUGUUGAUGCAAACAACAAUGAGCCUCAGAACACCACUUCCCUUAGACAGCACCGGAUGGGCCCAGAAAGGGCUCGAGCUCACGGAUGACCAACUCCGAAAUGCCGAGGCCAUAUCUGCAUCAGAGCACUCUCCGAAGAAGAUCCUGAAAAUUGGCGGCGACAUUGUAGUCAAACUUGGACCGGAUCUCGACCUGGCUGAUGUCUAUGAGAAAAACGGCUUCAAGUACAUACUCAUGGAGUUCCUCGAGGGCGACAAGCUAGCAAACAUCUGGAAGGAUCUCCCGCAGUCGCAAAAGGACUCCAUCUGUGCCGAUCUAACGGAUUAUCUUCGGCAGAUGCGGAGCAUCCCACCGCCGCCAAAAUUUAUAGGCUCCGUCACUAGGGGGCCUGCAGUUGACAGAAGAUCCGGAUGGCAGCUCGCGCAGCUGCACGAGAAACUCGCGCCGCUGCCGCGGGAAAUCGUCGUGUUCAGUCACGGCGACCUCGCGUUCCACAAGAUCCUGGUCCGUGAUGGUCGCAUCACGGGCAUCAUCGACUGGGAGUAUGGUGGGUGGUUUCCCGAGCACUGGGACUUCUGCAAGUCCAUGCAGUUCCUCGCGGGAACGGAUGAGCAAUACGACUUCUGCAAGAAGGCGUUUGGAAAGGCGUACCUGCGCGAGUACUACUUAGACACGUGGUUCACUCGCUCGGUAAGGCAUGGCGGGUGGUAA